AUGGUCGGCAUCGGUCCCAAGCCGCCCCCAAGCCGCAAGGGCUCAAUGGCGGAGCUUCCCCAGGACCUGGUCCAGGAGAUCCGUCACCUCGAAGAGAUCCUCAUCGUCAAGGCCUCGAAGCUUAAGGAGAUCACCAAUCACUUCGUCUCUGAGCUCGAGAAGGGUCUUAGCGUCGAGGGCGGAAGCAUUCCCAUGAACCCGACCUGGGUCAUGUCCUUCCCUGAUGGCUAUGAGACAGGUACUUAUCUCGCUCUUGACAUGGGCGGCACCAACCUGCGAGUUUGUGAGAUCACCUUGACGGAUAAGAAGUCCGAGUUCGACAUCACGCAGUCCAAGUAUCGCAUGCCCGAAGAGCUCAAGACUGGUGUUUCUGAGGAGCUCUGGGAGUACAUUGCAGACUGCCUCCAGCAGUUCAUCGACACUCAUCACCCUGAGCUCCCCAAGGACCAGAAGCUGCCUCUUGGUUUCACUUUCUCCUACCCCGCCACUCAGAACUACAUCGACGAGGGUAUUCUGCAGCGCUGGACCAAGGGUUUCGACAUUGAUGGCGUUGAGGGCAAGAACGUGGUGCCCCUGCUCGAUGCUGCUCUGAAGAGCAAGGGUGUUCCUAUCAAGCUUUCGGCCUUGAUCAAUGACACUACUGGUACUAUGAUCGCCUCGGCUUACACUGACACCAAGAUGAAGAUUGGCUGCAUCUUCGGCACGGGCUGCAACGCUGCCUACAUGGAGGACUGCGGCUCCAUCCCAAAGCUCGCGCACAUGAACCUGCCUGCCGAUGCUCCUAUGGCCAUCAACUGCGAGUGGGGCGCCUUCGACAACGAGCACAAGGUCCUGCCGCGCACACCUUACGACAUCAUUAUUGACCAGGACUCUCCUCGUCCCGGCCAGCAGGCCUUCGAGAAGAUGAUUGCUGGUCUCUACCUCGGCGAGAUCUUCCGUCUCGUUCUCGUUGAUGUUCACGAAAACAAGCCUGUUGAUCUGUUCAAGGGCCAGGACAUUUCCGCGUUGCGCAAGGCCUACUCGCUUGAUUCUUCGUUCCUGUCUGCCAUUGAGGAGGACCCCUUCGAGAACUUGUCGGAGACCCAGGAUCUCUUCGCCGCCAAGCUCAACCUGAGCCUUAACCGCGCUGAGCUUGAGUUCGUCCGCCGCCUUGCUGAGCUAGUCGGUACUCGCGCUGCCCGCCUCUCAGCCUGCGGUGUUGCUGCUAUCUGCAAGAAGAAGAACUACGAGACUUGCCACGUUGGUGCCGACGGCUCCGUCUUCAACAAGUACCCUCACUUCAAGGAGCGCGGUGCCCUGGCGCUCCGCGAGAUCCUCGACUGGCCCGAGAAGAAGAACCCGACUGACGAGGACCCUAUCGAGAUUCUGGCCGCCGAGGACGGUAGCGGUGUCGGUGCUGCGCUGAUUGCCGCUCUCACACUGAAGCGCGUCCAGCAGGGCAAUGUUGCCGGUAUCCUGCACCCGGACAACUUCAAAUAA